AUGAGUGAAAGAAAUAGUGGCGUGACGGAAAGAUACCCACUCGGUUUUCUGUCAUUCAAGGCCACUCGCCGAGCCACAAAACCAAUGCUGGUCACAGCACAGAUGAUCCACUCGGUUGUCUACUGUUCUAGUGGAAUUCGAAAUGGAUGGGACCCUGAGCCAACGUUCAUGGAUGGAAUGGAACUAAUCACAGGACCAUUAAAUAAAACAGAAACUUCCACCAAAAGAGUGCUGAGAAAAAGAAAUCGAUACAACUAUGCUGAAAUAUCAUUAGAAGAGGAGGUGGAUUCAGGUGAUGAAGAGAAAUCAAAGAGAACACGUGAGAAUCCAGCGCCCAAUUCUCUCCCAAGCAUACCAAAUUAUAAUGAGAAUAAUGAGAGCGAGACUGAUGAAAGUAAUGAAAACAAUUAG